AUGGCGUUAUCGAAAAACAGUAACAGCAGCAGCAUCAAGAAGAAAGUCUCGUACAUCUCAGUCCCUUCUCAGAUCAUAAACUCUCUAUCUUCUUCAUCUCUACAAUCACUUCUUGUUUCCCCCAAGAAAUCCUCAAGAUGCACCAGCAGAUUCAGCUUCUCGUACAGAAACCCUAGAAUCUGGUUCUUCACCCUCUUUCUCGUCUCACUCUUGGGUAUGUUGAAACUAGGAUUCAACGUUGACCCAAUCUCUCUCCCUUUCUCUCGCUACCCUUGCUCGACCACUCAACCAUUAAGCUUCGACGGAGAACAACGAGCCGAUUCCCAUCUGGGUUUCCCCUCAAAAGACGACACGAAAUCGAAAUCUUCUUCUGGGUAUUCGAAUUCGAGUGCGAUUGUUCAAUCAGAGGGUGGAAAAAACGAGACUUUGUUGACGGAAGGUGAUUUCUGGAAGCAGCCUGAUGGGUUUGGGUUUAAGCCGUGUUUGGGAUUUAGCGGUCAGUAUAGAAGAGAUAGCAACUCGAUUCUGAAGAACAGAUGGAAGUAUCUGCUCGUUGUUGUCUCUGGUGGGAUGAAUCAGCAAAGGAAUCAGAUUGUUGAUGCAGUUGUGAUCGCUAGGAUCCUUGGUGCUUCUCUGGUUGUUCCUGUUCUGCAGGUUAAUGUCAUUUGGGGAGACGAAAGUGAAUUCGCGGAUAUAUUCGAUUUGGAGCAUUUCAAGAGUGUUUUAGAAGAUGAUGUUCAUAUAGUUUCGUCUCUGCCUUCGACACAUGUAAUGACAAGACCUGUCGAAGAGAAGAGGACUCCACUUCACGCUUCUCCUCAAUGGAUUCGUGCUCAUUAUCUCAAGCGAAUUAACAGAGAAAGAGUCUUACUUCUCCGUGGCCUCGAUUCAAGACUCUCCAAGGACCUUCCUUCUGAUCUCCAGAAACUCCGAUGCAAGGUAGCUUUCCAAGCGCUGAGAUUUUCGCCGAGGAUCCUAGAGCUCGGCAACAAACUAGCUUCAAGGAUGCGUAACGAAGGACAGUAUCUCUCACUUCAUCUGAGAAUGGAGAAAGACGUUUGGGUCAGAACCGGUUGUCUCCCCGGUUUAACUCCCGAGUACGACGAAAUAGUCAACAGCGAAAGAGAACGCCACCCGGAGCUCCUAACCGGAAGAUCAAACAUGACUUAUAACCAAAGAAAACUCGCCGGUUUAUGCCCUUUGACCGCUCUAGAAGUCACAAGGCUGCUUAAAGCUUUAGAAGCCCCAAAGGAUGCGAGAAUCUAUUGGGCAGGAGGAGAGCCUCUAGGUGGGAAAGAGGUUUUGGAGCCAUUAACGAAAGAGUUCCCUCAUUUGUACAACAAGCAUGAUCUUGCUUUACCAGGCGAGCUCGAACCAUUCGCCAAGAAAGCUUCGGUUAUGGCUGCGAUCGACUACAUUGUCUGCGAGAAGAGCGAUGUUUUCAUACCGUCACACGGAGGAAACAUGGGACACGCGUUGCAAGGGCAGAGAGCUUACGCUGGUCACAAGAAGUACAUCACUCCUAAUAAGAGACAGAUGCUUCCUUACUUCAUGAAUUCCUCGCUCCCUGAAUCGGAUUUCAACAGGAUUGUGAAAGAUCUUCAUCGAGAAUCUUUAGGACAGCCGGAGCUGAGAACGAGCAAAGCAGGUAAAGAUGUUACCAAACAUCCUGUUCCAGAAUGUAUGUGCUCAGAUAGACAACAACAAGAACAACAGCAUUCAGAGGCAGAGGCUUAA